CUAAACCUCUCAGCGAUGCUCUCGUGACCUCGCCCUCCGUCGACUCCGCGCUCUCUUCGGCGAUCACGCACCCCCAAAGCCGCUUUCCAGGAGCCUCUUUGCAGAGCAGAGCAGCGGGGCUGCUAGGCGGGGCGUCCCGGGUCUGUGGACUCUCCUGGCGGAGCGCAGAGCCGGCGCAGCCCACCAGGGGGACCCCCACCCGCCCAGGAGGCGUCUGAUAAGAAAGCGAGCGAGGGGCGUGGAGCCCGGGGUCCUUGCGGCGUCUGCUCCAAUAGAACCUGGCAGGGGCCGGGGCUCCCCCGCACUGCUCGGGGCACAGGCGGCGCGCGGGCCGAGGGCUCCAGGACUCCGGGUUCGGCUGGCGGCGGGAGGCGGGCGUCGCGGGAGGGUGUGUCGUUUGCACCUUCUGGCCUUGCGGCCCCGAGAGGAGCUGCUGCCGGCCGCUCUUCUUCUUCUCGACGAACAAAAGAUUGAGCUAUGAUCGCAACUGGUGGUGUGAUAACUGGCUUGGCCGCCCUGAAAAGGCAGGACUCUGCCAGAUCGCAGCAGCACGUCAAUAUCUGCCCAUCACCCACAGCCCAAGAGAAGAAACCAGUCAGGCGUCGACCCAGGGCCGAUGUAGUUGUUGUUCGAGGCAAAAUCCGGCUUUAUUCCCCAUCUGGAUUUUUUCUCAUCUUAGGAGUGCUUAUCUCCAUUGUAGGAAUUGCCAUGGCAGUUCUAGGAUAUUGGCCCCAAAAAGAACAUUUUAUCGAUGCCGAGACAACGUUGUCAACAAAUGAAACUCAAGUCAUUAGAAACCAAGGUGGUGUUGUGGUGCGCUUCUUUGAGCAACAUUUGCAUUCUGAUAAAAUGAAAAUGCUUGGCCCUUUCACCAUGGGAAUUGGCAUUUUCAUUUUCAUUUGUGCUAAUGCCAUUCUUCAUGAGAACCGUGACAGAGAAACCAAAAUCAUACACAUGAGGGACAUCUAUUCUACCGUCAUAGACAUCCAUGCGCUCAGAAUCAAGGAGCAAAAGCACAUGAAUGGCAUCUACACUGGCUUGAUGGGAGACACAGAAGUAAAACAGAAUGGGAGCUCCUGUGCUUCCAAAUUGGCUGCAAAUAGCAUCGCCUCUUUCUCAGGUUUUAGGAGCAGCUUCCGCAUGGACAGUUCCGUUGAGGAAGAUGAGCUUGCAUUAAAUGAAAAUAAUAAGACUUUGGGGAAUCUCAUGCCCCCUUUGCUGUCUGACAGCUCUGUCUCUGUCUUUGGCCUCUACACUCCUCCUUCCAAGACCGUGGACGAUAAGAACAGUGGCCCUAAGAAAUGUGAAACCAAGUCCAUUGUGUCAUCAUCCAUCAGUGCUUUUACUUUGCCUGUAAUCAAACUUAAUAACUGUGUUAUUGAUGAGCCCAGCAUAGAUAACAUCACUGAGGAUGCUGAUAAUUUCAAAAGCAGGUCAAGGAAUCUGUCCGUGGAUUCUCUCCCUCUGCCCAAUACCGGUGAAUCCUUCCAGCCAGUGAAUCCUCUCCUCCCACGGAAUCAUUCUGUUGGGGAGUCAUUGUCAAGCCAGUAUAAGUCCUCUGUGGCCCUUGGGCCUGGUUCUGGGCAGCUCUUGUCUCCUGGGGCUGCACGAAGACAGUUUGGCUCCAAUACAUCCUUGCAUUUGCUCUCAUCACACUCUAAAUCUCUAGAUUUAGACCGAGGCCCCUCAACCCUAACUGUGCAGUCAGAGCAACGGAAACAUCCAAGUUGGCCUCGUUUGGAUCGAAGCAACAGCAAAGGGUAUAUGAAACUAGAGAACAAAGAAGACCCGAUGGAGAGGUUGCUUGUGCCCCAAGCUGUGAUCAAAAAAGACUUUACCAAUAAGGAGAAACUUCUUAUGAUUUCAAGAUCUCACAAUAAUUUGAGUUUUGAACACGAUGAAUUUCUGAGUAAUAAUCUAAAGCGGGGAACAUCUGAGACAAGAUUUUAAUGUUUAAAUAUAUAAUUUUGCAGACUAUAUAUUUUUAAACUAUUUUUACCAUUGUUUCCUUGAUAACGCUUUAGUUGUAAACCUUCAAAAUGAAAUGGUGUGUCCUGUACUAGAUAUGGCUGCUUAAUUCUGUAACUGAGAUGGUUUUAAGUUUGGGUUACUUAUUAUUAUAAUACUCUGUAUUGUCACAUACGAGAUUAUUUUUUCCAGUCCUUUAAAGCAUGGUCUCUUUAAUUAAUAUGAAUAUAAAUUGCUUCCAUCUGAAUUAAAGCUCAUUUCCUUUACUUUUAUAUUUGUUGACUUGUGGUCAUACUCAUAGAAUGAAAUGUUCAGUUUGGAAAAGAUAGGAUACCAAAGUGAGGGAUUGAAGUUCUAGAUGACUAAAUGAAGUUCUAGACACUCAACAUGUAGUUAAAAGCUACAAAUGAAUGUACAUAAAAAAUUUUAGCUAUGUUCUUCUGAAUAAUUCCUAUACAUAGAUUUGGUUGAAUUUUUUAAAAGGAAACGAUCUAUCUACCUUCUGUGUGAGCUAAAUAAUGUGAAUUGGUUAAAUUGGUUUAGUUCUGUAUGAGCUAAUUAAUAUGAAGUACUAAGUUCAUUGUGAGCACUAGGUAGGUAGUACUUUUUCAAAAUCAGUUUUAUUUUCAUGAAUUUUUGUCAACAAACCAUGUAUUCCAGAACCAUGGCUGAGAAUGCCAGAUAUUCUUAGAGGUAAAUAUUAAAAAUACUAUUAGCUAUUACUUUAGAUAUUCAGAAUUAAAAUUUCUUCAUAACUGACUUGAAAAUUUAAAGAAUCAAUAUAGUUUUAGAUAUUUUAUCUUGGAGUAUUUAUAUACGUAAAGAACUGCUGGCCAAUGAAUACAGUAUGUGCUAGUUACUCUUAGUAUCAGACUUUUUUCUAGCCAUCUGUACUACCAACCAAUAGACCCUCGUUCAUACAUUUUUGUUUCCCCUCAAUAUUUCUAGAUUGUGGUAGUAGGUGAAUAAUCAGCUAAAUUUGAUAUUUCUUAUUAUCUUUACAUAUCACUGACUUUGAGUUGGAAAAAAAUUGGUUGUUGAUAAACUACCUUGAAAUUGACGUUGUGCUGGAAGGCCUUAUGAUGAUUCCAAAGACAUUCUAUGAUGUAACCAAAUUUAGGAUUGUGGUUCUCAGUUACUGCAGAUAAAAAUAAUACUAAAAACUUGUUUCCAUCAGAAAAUUUUGAUGUUUCUCAUUAAUGUAGAGAGUUUUAAAAAUAGUUUAAUUGCAUACUCAGGAAAUUUUAUAGUUUUUCUCCCAAUAUCUAAAUAUUUCUGAACUGUCAAUAUUGUGGAUGUUGAGGACAAGUAAGAGGAAGAAAUUCUGUAUUUGUAGCUCUCCAUAAUGCACUUUGCACUGACAUACUGAGCUGACCUGAAUUUAAGCACAGUGUUACUUGAUAGAACAUCACUGUGUGUUAUAAUAGAGUAGGCUCAGUAGUUUACUAUGAAUUACUUAAUAAACUUAUGUUCUUAAUAGAAGUUCAUGUUCAUACAUUUUUAAUAUUUUUAAAUAAAAUGUAUGUUUUUGUUUUAAGUACUGAUUAUUAAAUUUUCAGAUACACUCUACUAAAGGUGAUCCAGACAUUGGAGCAAUAGUACAGUGGGUAGGCCAUUUUCCUUGCACACAGCCAAUCCGGGUUUGAUUCCCAGCAUUACAUAUGGUCCCCUGAGCAGUUCCAGGGGCAAUUCCUGAGUGCAGAGCCAAGAGUAACCCCUGUGCAUUGCCGGGUGUGACCCAAAAAUAAAUAAAUAAAUAAAUAAAGGUGAUCCAUACCCUUAUAUGUA